ACAACCUUUCAACUUGGAGCAAUGAGUACCUGCGUACGGUCGACGAGAAAGUUUCUCAUCAGCCUUGGAAGGAAGAAGACUUUUUCCGGUGAAAAAUGUGCUAAAAAUGAAUUAAAAAGAUGCCUAACUGUGUAUGAUCUGACUGCUCUUGGUGUUGGAACAACCCUUGGGGCUGGAGUAUAUAUUCUUGUCGGAGAUGUUGCCAGAACCACAGCGGGACCUGGAGUCAUACUGUCCUUCUUAGUGGCUGCAGUAGCUUCAAUUUUGUCAGGACUUUGCUAUGCUGAGUUUGGAGCUCGAGUCCCACAAAGUGGUUCAGCUUACAUCUACAGUUACAUUACUGUCGGAGAAAUAAUGGCAUUUAUUAUCGGUUGGAACUUAAUAUUAGAAUAUAUAAUUGGUACAGCAAGUGUUGCACGUGCUUGGAGUUCUAAUUUUGAUGGAUUACUCAAUGGUCAACUGACAGAGUACUUCAGCAGACACAUGUCAUUGAAUCUUCCUGGUUUCGCUGAAUAUGUUGAUCCAUUGGCUGUCGCGACAAUCAUCUUGGUGACAAUUCUUCUUAGUGUUGGUGUAAAAGAAUCGACAAUGAUUAAUAAUAUCUUCACAGUGAUCAACUUGUGCGUCAUCACUUUUAUAAUUAUAGCCGGUUUGAUAUAUGCCGAUAUUAAUAACUGGAGAGUAAAUCCGGCAGAUGUCCUAGCCAAUGUUACUACAAAUUAUACAAAUCUGGGUACCGGUGGGUUUCUACCUUUUGGAAUGAAUGGGGUACUGUCUGGAGCUGGAACUUGCUUUUUUGCAUUUGUUGGUUUUGAUAUUAUUUCAACAACAGGUGAGGAAGUGCGUAAUCCACAAAAAGCAAUCCCGAUAAGUAUUAUUGGAUGCCUGUUAAUAUGCUUUUUGGCUUAUGGACUUAUCUCUGCCACGAUUACUUUAAUGCUACCAUAUUAUGCACUCUCACCGAUUGCACCUUUACCACUAGCAUUUAGUAAGCAUGGUUUACAAUGGGCGAAAUAUGUUAUUUCAACUGGAGCUUUAUGCGCUCUUACAACAAGCCUUUUAGGUUCGAUGUUUCCAUUGCCACGUAUUUUGUAUGCUAUGGCAACAGAUGGAUUGCUGUUCCAUUUCUUGGGUCGAGUAAAUGCUCGUUUUAAAACUCCACUGAUAGGCACCAUUAUAUCAGGUGUUAUAGGAUGCAUAAUGGCCGGAAUAUUCAGUCUACAAGAUCUAGUAGACAUGAUGUCAAUCGGUACACUUUUGGCCUACACUCUGGUAUCCGUUUCUGUGCUUCUCUUAAGAGGACAACAAAAGUCAGUUGGAUGUCAUGAUGUAUAUGACAGUAAAAAAAUCUGCAUAACGUAUGAUCCCAGUGGAUAUUCACUGCAUGAAAACCAGUCUUCUGAAAAUAUAAGGCUAUCUGAUGAAAAGUUAUUAGAUAAUUUCAAAAAGACGGAAACCAUAUCAAGUGAUACUGACAAGCCGGAGAAAGAUACAGCUAUUUUGUCAGAACUUAAAGAAUCUUGCAUUUCUGUUUCUACAGUUUCUAAUCAAAGCUCUUCGUCGUAUACUUUAGAAAAAAACAAUAAUUCACCAGUUCCUGCAAAAACACGUCUUACACUGUCAGGUUAUUUUCGCAUGUGUUUUAAACCUGAACCUGGUUUAGACAAUCCAACUGCAAUGACUGAAAUGAUAUAUAAUAUCAACAGCUAUUUACUAUUUACAACAAUUUUUCUUGGCAAUUUUGGGAUACUAACCUUGGACAAGUUACCUGAAGGAGAUUUCAAAACAGCUAUUACAAUUCCGAUUUGGAUAUUUGUUGCCUUAAUGGCAGUGAUCAGUAUUAUAAUUUGUGUGAUAUUAGCUAAACAACCAGAAAAUCAAACACCUGUAUCCUUUAAGGUCCCCGGAGUCCCAUGGAUACCAGCAUUGAGUAUCUUUAUCAAUGUAUAUCUUAUGGUCAAGUUAUCCGGUGGCACAUGGGUUCGAUUCCUUGUCUGGAUGGUAAUUGGUUUUCUAAUCUACUUUGGCUAUGGCUAUUGGAAGAGCUCUGAGCGCAAAAUCAGAAAGCCAAAAGUGUGAGUAUUUACUGAUUUUUAUUUCACCACAUACAGUUAUUUAUAAAAGAUUGUAAUGCAUUUAAAUAAUCAGAGAAAUACAAAUGUUAUUUUGGCUACAGUGGAACCUGCCUUUGCUUCAAGAUGAACUUUCUGUUGAAUUCCAUGGAAUCGAAGUUGUUUAUUGUUUCAUUGUAACAGUAUUUAAACCAACGUUAUCUAAAUGUCUAACCCUACUCUGUGCAAAAAAUGAAUUGUGAGAGUCAAGUAGUAAACAGAUCUGUUAAACAUGUUCUUUUUAUGCAAAACUUUUUCGGAUUGUAAACAUUAAUCUCAUAAAAUUAAUCUCUGAAUGAAAUCCAACCACUGAAGUAAGUAGUAUGAUAUUAUUAGGUAAUUGCAACUUCCCCGCUCUUCUGCAUCAUCCCAAUGGGGUACGCAUUUAUCAUCAUUAAUACAGGCAGUAAACAGUUGAAAGCAGAAGAAAAGUUUUAAGACAAGGAGACAGUAAAUGUGAGCUGACAUAAAACAGUAGACUCAGUGACUAGCGUUCAUAAUUCGAUUUAGCUUGUUGUCGAAUUUAUUAACCGUCGUAUUGUGGUUCCCGUUUGUUCCGUGUAUGUACAAGAAAUCUAGCUUGAAAAUUCAUUGACCGACGAUAGAUUCUUUAUGUAUCUUUUUAUCAAUCCGUUCCUCUACAUUGAACAUUUAAUUGCAUAUAAUACAUAUUAUCUGCCCCGUUUAGUGUUUUUUUUAUCCAUAUAUAAUUUUAGACAAGUGAGUUAACAAGUAGACUUGAACAAAUUCACCACCACACUGAAGCGUUUAUACUGAAUAAAAAUGAAAACCUUAUGUAUGAAUUGAAACUAGUUCUACACUUUGGAUUUCGUUGAUAACUCCUAUUACUCUCGCCAUUUUCUAAAAAUCAUGUCAACUAGAUACACCUUUUUCUGAUUACAUCUACCUUAUUUUAUAUUCCAUAUUGUUAUUAAAGUCACGUUUGUAUAAUUUAGAAAAUAAGUGUUAAAAAGCCUAAGGCUGUAUAUUCACUGCAUACAUAUGAAAAUAUAUACAUAUGUACAU